UGUUCCUCUUGUCAUUACGUCAAAAUUUUUUUGACAUGUUCUUCGUGUUUUUUUGUAUAAAAUUAUAGUUUGAUUAAAAAUUAAUACUUUAUAAUAAUAAACCAAAAUAUGUAAGUAAAGUCAGCUUUAUAUUAUAAUUUUUAUAAUAUUUAAAAAAAAAAUGCCUCCCAAGAAGGGUAAAGAAAAUCCACCGGCGAAGGCAGCCAAGCCGGGUAAGGUGGCUAUUUUACCUCCACCGAAGCCAAAGAAAGUUCCACCUCCACCAGCAUGCUUUGGUCCUGACGAUAUCGCAAAGUUUAAGGAAAUUUACAAAGCCCAUGAUGAAGAAAACAUAGACAAGGUGCCGCUAAAUCAAAUUCCUAUCAUGUUGAGAAAGAUCGGAUUCAAUCCAAAAGGUGCAGAAAUCAAAGAACUGUUUAGAUUGUUUUUAGAAGACGACUUAGUUGAUACUGUAGAAUUACAUGAAUGGUAUUUCAUGAUUGAAGCCAAAAUGAAUUGGGGUGAUGAUUUCGAAGUGGUCGUAACUAAAGCCUUCGCCAAUCUUUCUCAUGAUGAUGAUGAAGUCGGAAUUUGUGACUUUGAGACAUUGAAAGAGGAGCUUUUUAAUUGGGGUGAACCCUUGAUGGAUGUUGAGUUUGUCGAUUUUAUAAAAUUAGCUCUAAAAGAUAAAACCUACAAUAUGGAAGAUGGAACUUUCAACUACGUGAAGUUUAUAGAAAAUAUGAACAUGAAGGAUGAGAAAUAUCUUAAAGAGCCAAUAAACUUUUUCAAAUUGGAUCAAAAAACUUUAGCUGAAAUGGCAAUGAAGAAGGCACAAGAAGAAAGAGAAGAGCAGGAACGAAAGGAGGCAGAGAAAAGAGCAAGGGAAGAAGCAAGGAGACAGAGAAUGAUUGCAGAAGGCUUAAUUCAAGUCUGACGUUUUUGUGAUUAUUAUAUAAUUAAUAUCCUUAUAAAAAUAGACGACAAUUUCAAAACGCUGUUUAAAAUAAAAUAAUAUAAUAUAAAUUGCUCUAAAAAUUUGCAUUCAGAAACAUCUUAACGACCUGGAAAUUUUUGAUAACGAAAUAUGGCUGUCUUAAUUAGUGAUGUGCCUUUUCAAUCGGUUGUCAUAGAAGAAAGAAUUGUACCUAUGCCACAAUCUACUUUUUAGUUUCUCUCUUUUAUAAGGAAUAACAUAAUACUAAUCGUAGAUAUAACAAAGCGUCACUAAAACAACAAUAAUAAUAUGUCAUAGACACAUAAAUUAGACUGGUAUUGAGUAAGCAAGAUACACUACAAUAUCUGCUAUCCCUUUCACGUAUUAGAUUUUUUUAUUUGCUCCCAACAAAGAAUGGCUAACGUGGUGCAAUACUGUAAAUUUGUAAUUGAAUAAAUUCUGAUUUUUAAUACGUAAUUGAGUGAUUUGGUGUUAAUUUGUGAAUUCAUUAACUAUGUGGGAUGGGACGUUGUUGUCUAUUACGUUGUAAAAUUCGUACAGCUACAGAAUGAAAACAGACAUAGCACGUGUCAUAGACCUGUGUCUGUGACAGAGUGUUCCAAAGAGAUGUUUGAGCUGACCAAAGCACUCACACGCCAUAAAUAAUAGUUCUUCUUUAAUUAUUCCCGUUUAAGAUAUAAGGCCAAAGUAAUGAUAUAUUAUUUUCACUGGUCCUUGACAUUUUAACGUUAUUUACGUAAAUCACUCACAAUCUAAUUUACGUAGUUUUUACGUAAACAAGACUUCUUGGAUUGCCUGAAAAUCACUGAUCAACACAAAUCAAUGAUUCCGCUAUGGACAUAGAUACAAACAUGAGAUUUGAAAUGACUACAUUUGUUAUACCUUAGAUAAUUUAGACAUCUAGAUAGUCUCUUGACGUUACACAACGAUAGAAACAGGCCAGGAAUAUAAGUUUAGUGUGCGUGACAAGCUACGUCUUACACUCUCGAUUUAUAUGACACUUUGUGUUAGUGUGCGUGAGUUGCUCAAAAUAAGGGUUAGUUCUUAGUCUUUGACGUUUUCACAGCUCAGUCAUAGUCUAUCUAGACGUAUAAAUGAUAAAGGCUUUAAUUUGUAAAAAACUCACAUUUGCAUUAUUAAUAUAAUAAUAGAAGGAAACUCACCUAUUGCAGAUAUACAUUGGGGCGUCAAACAAAACAUGACCCCAUUACCUCCAUGUCUUGUAUACAGCAAUGUCUACUCAAAAUUCAAGACAAUAUUUCCUAACGAUAUCUUCAAAUGCAUAUUCAUACAAUGUACGAUGGAGCGUUUGCAUAAUACUGUCCAUUGGAGAAAUGACUCGAGAGAAAUACUUAUGAAUUUGAAUAAUAUUAUGUAAAUUAUG